GGUUGUUGUUGUUGUAGAUGUUGUGGUUGUUGUUGUUGUAGAUGUUGUGGUUGUUGUUGUUGUAGAUGUUGUGAUUGCCAAUUUGAGUAUGGACAUUGAGUGGGAAUGUAGUUGUAUUAGUGUUUUCUGCUACCAUAUCCGACAUUUACAUCCAUACUAAAUAGUAACCGACCUUUCAAAAACUUGUGCUGUGCUUUGUGUUCUACGAGCCAGCAUUAUAAAAGCAACCGUCACUGUGACGUGUGCGAUACGACAGGAACAUUAUUUUCGAACAUGUAUCAAGCAAAAAUUAUUUCUUGCGGAUUCUAUCACUAUUUUAAAUGCGCAUGAAUUGUUGUGCAGAAUACUACAGUUCUGAAUGCUAAUCUAUUUUAGUACAAAAACCGCCAGGACCAGAAACAACAACGAAAACUAUUAUCACUGUUACUACAACUACAACUAUUACAGCUACAACAACAACCACCACAAAAGCUACAACUUCAACUACAACAACAGCAACUACUACUACUGAGACAACAACACCUACCACAGAAACAGCAACUACUACAACAGAAACGACAACCACUACUACAGAAACAGCAACUACUACAACAGAAACGACAACCACUACUACAGAAACAACAACAACAACAACGACAACUACAACAACCACCACCACAACAACUACUACAACAACAACAACAACAACCACAACAUCUACAACAACAACAACCACAACAUCUACAACAACAACAACCACAACAUCUACAACAACAACAACCACAACAUCUACAACAACAACAACCACAACAUCUACAACAACAACAACAACCACAACAUCUACAACAACAACAACAACCACGACAUCUACAACAACAACAACAACAACAACAACCACAACAUCUACUACUACUACUACUAGUACCAGUAAGUAA